ACUCGCGUUAAUUUUAUCCUUAGUAUUAGCAAUGGAGUUACAGCGCGAGUUAUUGCUAUACUUUGACAGCAGGCGUUAUUUAGAUAAGAUGAAGCAAUACUGUGAAACGUUCUUAAAAGAAUUAACUGAGAAAAUGUUAAGUAAAUUUCCACCAUUGAGAUUUAUAAUGGAAAUCGAUGUAAUGGAUUUAUUGGAUGCUCAUCCCGAAAUAAAAGACUCAGUGUUAUCAGAGCCAAUGAGACUGCAAAGAAUGUGUAACGAAAUAUUAUUUGCAUGUCUUCAAACUUGUGAUUGCGAGAGGAAAGAUGACAUACAGUCUGCUCAGGUUGCCGUGAUUUUGAGAUUGAAGUGUGUUCCUCGUAUUCAUAACAGCAAUACGCUUUACUACAAUGGCUUAGUGACUAUAGAAGGACUGCUUUUAAAUAUUUCAAAACCAGAAACCUACGUACAUCAUUCCGUUUGGUCCUGCCCUGAAGAAUGUGAAGGCAGUGAGGUGAUCCUACAAUAUACACCGAAACAUCCCCCGAAAUGUUACGUAUGCCGAAGUAUUCUCUUUGAGAAUAGCGGAUCAAGACGAUGCGGAGAACAAGUAAGCGCCACCUUCAAAGUAAAAAAUCAGGAGUUGCCGAAGAAAUUCUUGAUAGCCGACGAUUUACUGACUCAAUUAAAUCUCGGCUGUAAUUAUAUUUUGCACGUCGUUAUUAUGAACAAGAUUGUCAAAUUAUGGUCGCUAGAGAAAGUUAAUCUUCGGCCCGCGCCUUCGACCACUCGGAGCCCUAAGGACAUUGAAGACUUAUUUAAAGCAUGUAAACGUAUACCUUGGAAGUUCAUCUACUGUCUUGCUUCAAGUAUCGGAGUAAAUGUUUGCCCCUUAAACUGUUUCAUGCACCUUAAAAUAAAUCUUUUAUUAAGUCUUACCAGUAUCAAGGCUAAUGCGAUGACAGGCGCGAGUAUAUUACACGUGUUAGUAGGCGGUUACGACACUCGAUUUGUUGGAGAAAUUAUGACGGAAGCGGCGAAAUUAGCCGACAGGUCUGUGGUGCUGGGGAUGACUAAUUCCGUUGUGUCCACGGCACUGAUCGGUAGCUCAGGUGGAGUGUGCCUCUUACCUUUGCCACUUCACAUCUACAACCACAAGCAAGUCUCGUCUGUAUUGUCAGCAAUCGAAACCGGAGAAAUUAAUACAGGGACGGGAAUGAUAAAGAUGAAGUCAGCAGUGUGGGCGCAAGGAAUGGAUUUUAAGAAAAUGAUAUUGUACAAUGUAGCAAGCGUUUUUGGGAACGUUAGUCGCGGCGAUUUCGGAGAAUAUUAUGAUGAUAUUGUAGAAUUCGUUCUCCAACAAGCUGUUGACCCAGUUGCAACAAGUCGUGAGGAAGUCAAGGCGUUGAAGGAUGUCGCGGAUUAUAUUGAUUUAGUUGCAGGAAUAGAAGUUAAUAUGAAUGAUGCAACGGAGAAUUUAUUGCAGAAUUACUUUUUGGCAGCUCGUAGAGAAAGUACUAAAAGCGUGUCGCCGGGCAGCAUGAGUGCACUGAUAGCUGCUUGCUUGACCUCAGCAAGGCUAUGUCGUAGAAAUGUUGCUAAUAUUGAUGACGCGGUUUUCGCUAUUUGGUUACACGUCAGCGGCAGCCCCGAGCCGCGGUUCGCCCCCGAAGAGUACCUACAGACCCCAGCCGACGUGAAAAAAUUACAAAAAGUUAUCAACAACUUCAAGGCUUGGUUAGAACAAUUUACUGGUACAUGUUUACGAGAAGAUUUUCCUGCUUAAAUUAUAGAUAUUCGUAUUAUUUGCUCAAUAGAUCCGUAUUUACUUAAUAUUUUGCCAAGGCAGAUUGUGCUUUAUGUCACAAGUCUUAACAUACUUAUUAGUUUGAAUAAUGUUGUAGUAAAAUGAAACAACAUUUUAAAAUAUAAAUACCCAAUAUAAUUAUUAUCCUU